GUCUUGGUCUCAAACAUUCAUCUCUCGCUUCAUGGCUUCGCAUGCUCAUCUCCUCUCUGAUGGUUUACGCAACCGAGACAUCCAUCCCGAGACAUCAUCUCCCGACCCAAUCCACGACCCUUUAGAUCACCAUCCAUCUGAGCGCGGUGAACUGGAGCUGGCCUCGCGCACUCACAACGACGAUCAGCCCCCUUCACCCUCCGCGACCUCACUUCGCCCCUCCUGGCCUCCUCUUCUGCGUGAGGGUUACGGCUUUCGUCCGGCUUCCGGUGUCUCUACCCCUCUCACAUCACUUCCUGCCGAGAGAGGAAGCCCUCUCCCAGAUCCCAAUGGUCUGGGUUGGCCCGCAAAGUCCACCGUAUCCCGUCUCAACGCAACCCCUGCAGAACGAACUGCCCGCGAGAAGCAGCUAAGUUCUGCCGUGCGAACCAUUCUCGAAUGUAUUGGAGAAGAUCCCGACCGUGAGGGCCUCU